AUGGCGGGCGGCUGCCCGGGCCUGAGGACGGACUGCGAGGCGCUGCUCAGCGCCUUCCGGGAGGCCGACAGCGUCCGCUUCGAGGACUUCGCCUCGCUGUGGCGGCAGCGCCGCUUCCACACCCUCUUCUAUGGGAAAAUAAGACCCCUGGAGCGGAAUAAAUUCGCCAGAGAGGCCCUGGCUCUCGUCUGGCCGUAUUUCCUGCCUCCCUGCAGUUUCCAAAUCCGAGUCGGUGCUCUUUAUAUGCUCUACGGGUUGUACAACGUGCAGCUUUGUCAGCCGAAGCAAAAGAUUAGAGUUGCGCUCAAAGAUUGGUCCGAAGUCAUAAAAUUCCAACAGGAACUGUUAAACGCCCUGCAUUAUGAUGCUGCUUAUGUUUUCUGGAAGCUCCGCGCAGACAGAGCGUUCUACUUCACAGCGAUGCCGAAGCUACUGUCAUUUAGGACUAAACAGGUGUCGCGCAAACAAGCGGAGACAAAGAAGGAAUUUAAGGACCCAAGUGACAGAGUUGCCACACUUUUAACCGACAACGUCUUAGAGGAAUUUGAAAACGUUCAUAAGCACUACCAGAAAAUGAAGUGCCUGAUUUCCAUGGACAAAUCCCAGCCCGACAAGGCUCUUAGUAUGACGAAAGAUAGCUUUGUAGACAACGUCAAGAAUAUUAUCCUGGAGCAUCAGCAAUGGCAGAAGAACAGGCUGGAGCCAUCCUUUAAGAGCAGGAAGGAAGAAGCUGUAAAUGAAAAAGAAGGGUCUUCGCAAGAGUCGGAAGGAUCCGAAAGAGCCAGAGCCUUAGCCAGCAUCAAAGCCAAGUCUUACUCUAUGGUUGCUCAGGUUUCCAAGUCAAGACGGCAUCGUCAAGUUCAGCUAGAGUCUUCUGCGUCAGGGCCCGAUCAUGGAGUAACUAGAUCUCCUAGGGCUAAAAGAAGCAUUGAGAGAUUACAGCCAGUGAUGACGAGCCGCUUUCUACAAAACAGAGAGACAUCGCAAGUAGUAGAGAAAGAAGGGGCUGUUGGGGCCCUCAGUAUGCCUGUGAUAGCGGAGAGUGAGGCUGAAGAAGAGGAUGACGAAGAGACCGAUCAUUCUAGCGAUGAAGAGUUCAUCCCAUCUAAGAAGAAAAGGAUUCUUUAA